UUACCGAUAAAUUUGACGCCGAAUGGAAAAAAGAAACUCAAAAAAUUGCGAUGGGAAAGAAUCCAUCUUUAUUAAAAGCUCUAUGCAGGGUUUUGUGGACUAGAUAUUGCUUGGCUGGUGUUUGUAGAUUUUUUAGUGAUACAUUAUUGGUUACUUCACCUUUGAUAUUAAAGUUAAUAUUAAACUUUGUCUCUGACGCAUACUUUGCCAACUUUUCUAACGGUGUGCAACCCCAUGCACAUGUUGGCUACCUAUUAAUCAUUGCCUUGUUUUUAAUGCAAUUGUGUGGUAACCUUUUAUUAAACUUUUAUUUUUAUUGUGGAGCGGAAACCGGUUUUCUCUCUCGCACUAUUCUCAUAACUGCUAUCUAUCGGAAAGCUUUAGUCUUAAGUGGAAAAGCAAGAAGCUUAUUUACCAAUGGAAAAAUCACUAAUCUAAUGUCUACUGAUACUUCGCGUAUAGACUUUGCAUGCUGUUAUUUUCAUCUAAUUUGGGCUAUUCCUGUUCAAUGUUGUAUUGCAUUAGGUUUGUUAAUAUUUAAUAUUGGUCCAUCUGCAUUAGCUGGUUUUGCUUUAUUAGCAUUAGUGAGUCCCAUGCAAGGAAUAGUUAUGUCAUUGUUAGUACGUAUCAGGGCUAAAGUUGCUGGUGUUACUGAUGAACGGGUAAAGUUAACUCGGGAGAUUUUGUUAGGGAUUAGAGUUAUUAAAUAUUAUGCUUGGGAAGAUAGUUUUAUUGAUGCUCUUAACAAAUUAAGAAACAAAGAGAUUAGUUUGGUUAGAUUUCUAUUAGUUAUUAAAAAUACUAUUAAUGGUGUUUCAACG